AUGGAAGCUGUUAGCCAAUACGCGCAAACGACAGACUCUCGGAACUCUACCCCAGUACCAUAUGUCAACAGCCACGGCUUUGUCGACUUUGAGCCCUGCGAUCCCAACCAUCCACGAAACUGGUCAAACAGCCGAAAAUGGUACAUCAGCUUCUGCACCUCGUUGCUCGCCAUGACGGGGAAUCUUGCCUCCUCCAUUCCGUCCGGGUCUCUUAAACAUAUUUCUCAAGAUUUUCACAUUUCCGAACAAGCAGCAGGUCUCACCGUAACUCUCUAUCUCCUUGGCUACUGCACAGGUCCAUUCUUAUUUGCACCACUCUCAGAGUUUUACGGCCGCAGGCCCAUCUUCCGCGUCUCCUUUCCCUCUUUCGUCUUGUUCAGCUUUCUUUGUGCGUUUGCGACGAACUUUGCGACCCUUUUAAUUGCAAGGUUUUUGGCAGGGACGUGUGUGUCUGCGGUUCUCUGCAACGCACCAGGCGUUCUUGCGGAUCUAUGGGACCACCUGGAAAGAGGCAAUGCCAUGGCCAUAUUCUCGACGUCUGUUUGGGUUGGACCGUCGCUUGGGCCGAUCAUUUCUGGCUUCCUGGUGCUCCACAGGAAUUGGCGCUGGGGCUUCUAUGUCGUCUUGUGGCUUUCUGGUGCGGCCACGCUGUUUAUGCUCACGAUUCCAGAGACGAAUGAAGCAGUAAUUCUUCUAGAGCGGGCAAGGAGAAUCAGAAAGGCGGGGAUCCGGGGAUACGAAAACGUCCAGACCGAGUACGAGGCGGCUAAUUUGACGCUAUCCAGCAUCUACAAGACGGCACUGACACGGCCGUGGGCGCUUCUGUUCGAUGCCAUCUCAUUCCUGUGCGCUGUAUACAUGGCACUUAUAUUUACACUGCAGUACAUGCUCUUCACCAUCUAUCCCAUGGUAUUUCAGGAGAAGCGGGGCUGGAACGAGGGAAUCGGGCAGCUUCCCUUGCUUGGGACGGUUGUAGGCGCAGUCGCCGGCGCUGCCAUCAUCCACCUAGAUACCAAAAGGCGGAAAGACAAACUCGAGGCUGGGCAUAGCCUCGAGCCCGAGGACCGCCUAAUCAUGGGAAUGGUGGGCGGUGUCGGCUUUGCUGUCACCAUGUUUUGGUUCUCGUGGACGGCACAGUACAACUGGAUACACUGGUCUGUUCCUACAAUCGCUGGGGCAUUUCUCUCUACCGCUCUCAUCCUUACAUUCGUGUCCUGUCUAAACUACCUUGUCGACUCAUACGUUGACUGCGCUGCCUCGGCGAUGGCUGUAAAUACGGUUGCCCGAUCCAUUGGCAGUGCCUUUGCUCCUCUUUUCACAGCCAACAUGUUUCAUACACUCGGUAUUGGCGGCGGCGGGUCACUGAUAGGAGGUGCCGCGAGCAUCCUGGCUGUGUUCCCGUUUGCGUUUUAUAGAUAUGGCCAGGCCAUCAGAAGUCGGAGCAAGUAUUCUGCUCUCGACGCCGCCGUCAAGCCAGAUCUGGGGGAGCAGUAUCAUAACCCCGCUGACAACUCGCUAUGA